AUGGCAUCGUUACCCGACACGUCGACGCUCACGUCGUCGGCCCAGAUCUUCUCGACCAACCACACACUCCCACAGAUCCGCUCGAUACACAAGUCCCUCCAGGUGCAGAUCGAAGAGAAAUCGACCCGGUUGCGGACCCAGGUCGGAGGUUCGUACCGCGAGCUCCUGGGCACCGCCGACACCAUCGUUCAGAUGCGGUCCGACAACAACCGUGCCCAGGAGCUGCUGAGCAAGAUGGGAAGCCGCUGCGGUCGGGCGUUUCUCUCCUCCAAGGCAACUAGUCUCGCGAAUUUCGAGGCGGCGGACGAGAACACCAGCACGGGAAGGGCGGCGAGGCUGAAGCUGCUGGACGCUUGCGGGCUCGUCGUCGGUAGGAUACUCCGGGGCCAGGGCGGCCUAGAAGAGGCCACGACGAGCGGCGGGAGACUCGUGCUGGCGGCAAAAGUUUGGGUGCUCCUCCGAUUGCUGAUCAAAGGUCUCGACGGCGAAGGAGUAGACAAAAACUCGGCGCGCGCCCUCGUGACGGCAAGCAAAAGCCGGGACUCGCUUAGGCGGCGACUAUUGAAUGCUAUCGAUGGUGUGCUGGAUAAAUCAGACGACAGCACAGAGAGGGACGAUGUUCUCAACGCGCUCUGCGCGCACAGUCUCGUCAACAGUUCCGGCACGAGGGACGCACUACGACACUUCCUGUCCGUCCGGGCAGGCGCCAUGGCAUUGGCCUUCGAUUUGGAGGAAAAUGAGCGCACGACGACGACCGAGGACGUCGUCCGGAGUCUGCGCCUCUAUACCGGCACCAUUCUGGACGUGCAAGCGCUCGUGCCUGCCAAGCUUUCGCCCGCCCUCGCCGGUUUGAACAAUCAAAAGUUGCUAGCCGACUCGUCUCUCAAACUACUGGAAGGUCUCCGUUUGGACCUGUACGGCCAAUGGUGCAGCGACGAAAUACAAUGUUUCGCCCCCUUCAUUCGUCACGACGACCUUGGUGGGAGCCUCGCGAGAGACAUGCUCUCGAAGUGGACCGAGGACGGUGCCCAGGUUCUUCUCCACGGCUUGAAAAAGACGCUGGAUCAGAUGGCCGACUUCAAGUCCAUUACGGACCUCCGAACGCAGGUACUCCAGCUCUGGAUCCGAGAUGGCGGCCGGGCGAGGGGGUUCGAUCCAUCGGAGAUGCAAGAUGAUCUGCGCGAGGCCAUCAACACCCGCAUGCUGGCUGUGCUCGAGAGCAAGGUGACGAAGCUCCGCCUUGUCGGGUCCGAGAUUCGCGCCACGCUCGAAGGCUGGCGAGAAGGUGUCACCGACAAGCAUGCUGGUCUCUGGGAAGAGGAUGGCUACGAUGCGGCCCUAUCGAACGGCGCCGCCCCCUUUGUCCAAGAGGUCCUCUCACGCUUGUACGGCCGAAACGAUGCGGUAUCGAAAGCGAUCCACUCGUACAGUUCCUGGUUCCACGUCAUCGGCGAUGUCAAGGAGGUGGUGGAGCAGCUGAAGAAGCAGCGGUGGGACAAUGAUGUUGACGAGGUCGAAGACGAGGAGACGAUCGAGGCGCGGCAAAAUAUACUGAGCAAAGACGAUCCUCAAAAACUGCAAGACAUGCUCGACACCACUCUCGACAAAUCAUUCAAGGACCUUGAAGAACAGCUAGCCAAGCUGUGGAGGGAACGGCCCGAAGGGACAACGAAUAGCGCUGUUGCGAUGUAUCUCGUACGCAUCCUCCGGGAAAUCCGCUCCCAGCUGCCCGAGCGACCAAGCAUCAGCGACUUUGGACUCGCUAUGGUGCCUAGUCUGCACAGACAAAUUGUGCUUCAAGUGUCGGCACCGGCGCUGGACAAUUUCUCGACAAAUUCUCUGACGAUGAGGACGGUACCCAGCAGACCGCUCUGGGAGGGAGAGCUCCCUCUUCCUUCACAGCCGUCGCCUGAGAUCUUCCAGUUUCUGAGGGCCCUGUCCCUGUCGAUGAUGGAUGCCGGUGUGGACCUCUGGAGCGCAAGCGCGCUAGCGAUGAUGAAGAAGCACCUUUGCGAGCGACUAUGCGCGGCCUGGCAGACGCAAUUGACUGAAUUGCCAGCGGACGGUAUGCCGAGCAGGUCCGGGUAUGAAAAUGAGGCAGAUGGUGACGAAAAGGGAGUUGGAAAUCAGAGCAGUGAUGAAAAGGAGGAUAAGAGUCGGCGGGAUGACGAAGAGAAUGGUGAGGAUCAGGCGGACGAAAAGGGCGCUGAGAGUCAGGAUGGUAAUGAGCAAGCCGAGAAUCAAGAGGGCGAUCAAAAAGCAGCCUCGGGUCAAGUUGACGAUGAAGAAAAGGUUGGGAAUCAAGAGGGCGGCCAAAAAGAGGUCUCGGGGCAAGUUGACGAUGAAGAGAAGGCUGAGGAGCAAGAGGGCAAUGACGACGAGGCUGAGCACCAAGCGUCCGAUGACAAAGAGACCGAGAAUCAAGGGGGCGAUGAGAAAGUGGACUCGAGUCAAGUUGGCGAUGAAGAGAAGGCUGGGAAUCAAGAGGCAGAUGAAGUGGAGAGGGCGAAUCAGGCUGACAAAGAACACGAGGUUGAGGUUCAGGGUACCGGUGAGAAGAAGCCUGGGGAGAAAGACGGCGAUGAUGGAGGCAAGGACGAUGGGCUCGCUGGUGAGCGGGUGCGCGAUCUCGUCAUCCAAUGGCUGUUCGACGUCUCUUACCUCAAAGGCGGCGUCGGCAGCAUUUCGGGGACAGCGUCAGAAGAUAUCGAGACCCUGAGGGAGGAGCUUUGCAGCCGGACAGGUCUUGACGACGUGUCGCUGCAGCGCAUCGGUCAGCUAUCGCAAGAGUACUGGCGUCGGACGAGCCUGCUAUUUGGCUUGUUGGCUUGA